CUCAGCACCCACAUAUAUAUUUGUAUUUCAAGACAACAUUCAACAGAGCUAGCUCAGCAUUCCUUGUAUUGUCUUUGUGAUGGAUCGUGACUUGGAAGAAGUUGGCAACUUCACCAAACCAGAGUCCCAGCAUGGCCAGGAUGCUUGGCUUCCUAUCACCGAGUCUAGGAAUGGCAACGCUUACUACUCAGCGUUUCACACACUGAGUUCAGGCAUCGGAGUUCAAGCUCUUGUUCUUCCUGUAUCUUUUGUUACUCUUGGUUGGAGUUGGGGAAUAGCAUGUCUAUCUUUAAUGUUCAUUUGGCAGUGGUACACUUCCUGGUUACUGAUUCAGAUGCAUGAAUCGGAGUCUGGGAUACGCUACAGCAGAUAUAUACGUCUUUCAAUAGCAGCUUUUGGUGAAAAGCAGGGGAAGCUGCUGGCUCUCUUUCCGACUAUGUAUCUCUCAGGUGGCACAUGUACGACCCUGAUCAUGAUAGGAGGUGGGACCAUGAAAACAAUUUUCGAAAUCAUGUGUGGGGAUGCAUGCCACGUAACUCCUCCAACAGUUGCAGAGUGGUACUGGGUGUUUGCUUGCGCAGCCAUGGUUUUGUCUCAGCUUCCCAACUUAAAUUCAAUGGCCAGAGUUUCCCUGAUUGGGGCGAUCACAGCCAUCAGUUACUGUACAGUGAUAUGGGUUGUGUCCGUCGUCCAAGGUAAGCCGGCUGGCGUGUCCUAUGAGCCAGUGGAGGCAAAUUCUGAAGUGGCCAAGCUCUGCAAUAUUUUCAACGCUCUUGGGAUAAUCGCCUUUGCUUUCAGAGGCCACAACGUUAUUCUCGAAAUACAGGGAACCAUGCCUUCUAGUUCAAAGCAUCCAUCCCGACUGCCGAUGUGGCGAGGAGUAAAUUUUGCAUAUAUAAUUAUUGCAGCGUGUUUGCUUCCGCUUGCGAUAGGUGGCUAUUGGGCUUACGGAAACCUGAUACCUGCGAAUGGAAUGUUGGAUGCCAUAUUCGAAUACCACGGAAAUGACACAUCCAAAUUGCUGAAGGGGUUAACAAGCUUAUUUGUAUUGAUCAGCACGCUAAGCUCAUAUCUGAUUUAUGCCAUGCCAACAUUUGACAAUAUGGAAUUCAAAUACACUAGCAGAUUCAAUAGACCGUGUCCGUGGUGGCUCCGCUUGGGAUUCAGAGUCUUCUUUGGAAGCUUGACGUUCUUUUUAGCAGUAGGACUGCCGUUCUUGCGCGACUUGGCAGGACUUCUCGGAGGAGUCGCAUUGCCCAUCACAUUAGCAUAUCCAUGUUUCAUGUGGAUACAGAUGAAGAAGCUCCCGAAAUAUGGUGCAAUUUGGUGGCUUAACUGGAUGUUAGGAGUACUGGGAAUGAUUCUGAGUGUCUUCGUGGUGAUAGGAGCAACAUGGAAUUUAGUUACAAUGGGCUUAGAAAUUCACUUCUUCAGGCCCCAAUAAGCAGCAGAAUUUCCUUGUAGAAUUUAUGGAACAUAGUGACAAUAGGUGAAAAGCACGCUUAUGAAACCUGUCUCAAUCCCCUCCCAUAAUUUCAUGAGUACUCAUCAAAUGCAAUUGUCUAAAUCAAAUCAAUAAGCAUCCUGAGCUUUUCGAAGUA